UUCCAUGUUCUGUGUACUGUGGGAGACCGGAUAUAGUGAAUGUAGGGUCCGGGGAGAGCAGAUACAGUGAAUGCAGAGUCUGGGGAGACCGGAUAUAGUGAAUGCAGGGUCUGGGGAGACCAUAUAUAGUGGGUGCAGGGUCCUGGGAGACCAGAUAUAGUGAAUGCAGGGUCCUGGGAGACCAGAUAUAGUGAAUGCAGGGUCCUGGGAGAGCGGAUAUAGUGAAUGCAGGGUCCGGGGAGACCAGAUAUAGUGAAUGCAGGGGUCCGGGGAGACCAGAUAUAGUGAAUGCAGGGUCCGGGGAGACCGGAUAUAGUGAAUGCAGGGUCCUGGGA